AAGAGGAGGGGGACACGUUAUAUGUUCUCAAGGCCCUUUCGCAAGCAUGGAGUUGUCCCUCUGGCUACCUACAUGCGUAUCUACAAGAAGGGUGAUAUAGUUGAUAUUAAGGGUAUGGGUACUGUUCAAAAAGGUAUGCCCCACAAGUGUUACCAUGGCAAGACUGGAAGAGUAUAUAAUGUUACUCAGCAUGCUGUGGGCAUUAUUGUUAACAAGCAGGUCAAGGGCAAGAUUCUUGCCAAGAGAAUUAAUGUGCGUAUUGAGCAUAUUAAGCAUUCUAAGAGCAGAGACAGCUUUCUGCAGCGUGUGAAGGAGAAUGAAAAGAAGAAGAAAGAAGCAAAAGAAAAAGGCAUUUGGGUUCAACUGAAACGACAGCCUGCUCCACCCAGAGAAGCACACUUUGUGAGAACUAAUGGCAAGGAUCCAGAGCUGCUGGAGCCAAUUCCCUACGAAUUCAUGGCAUAAUGCACAUCUAAAAAAAAAUAAACUGAAGAUCUGGUUUUGGACAAGUG